AUGAGUGUAGGUGUAAAAUUAGCCAUUGUUACUCUAUUGGCUGUCUCGUAUUAUGAGGCGGCGGAAGGGCAAAUUACUACGCCGUGUUCAAGUGCAGCCAUUAGUAGUUUCACGCCGUGCAUGAACUACAUCACCGGAAGCAGCGCAAACGGUGGUUCCCCGUCCGGAGAUUGCUGCGACGCCGUGAGAUCUAUCAUGUCCGGCAGCGUCGAAUGUGCAUGCCUCAUCAUAAACGGGAACGUUCCGUUUUCGAUUCCGUUUAUUAGUCGGCCAUUGGCGAUUUCGCUGCCCCAAGCAUGCAACUCGGGCAUCCCAUUACGGUGCAAAGGUCCUAUAAUCUUCGGGGCGCCACCUUCGGCUCCGGCUCCGGUUGCUAAUUCUCCGAAAAAUCAAGCAGGUCCUAUAAUCUUUGGGGCGCCAACUUUGGCUCCAGCUCCGGCUGCUAAUUCUCCGAAAAAUCAAGCAGAUUCUAAAGCAGCCGCUGCUGUUGCUGCACCUUCUCCAACCGAAGAGAGCCCAAAUCAAAUAACACCUGCAGCAUCUCCAGCUCCGGCUCUAUCUCCGACUGAAGCAGAUCCGGGUCCGGCACCGACUGAAGCCCCGACAAAAGCAGUUUCAUCGGAUCCGGUGGCAAAUCCGGCAGACACUACACCAGUGACAAAUCCACGCAUUAGACCAGUGGUCACUCCCAACUCCGGUUCUACUCCAUCUUACAUUCGCCCACCAGUUCUUACGUUAACUCUUUUAGGACUUAUGGUACUCAUACGCAAUUGA